AUGCCCAAGAAACUCUCCAAGGCCCCGCAGCCGGGCAGCACCUCGACCCUCGCGACGGCCUCGACCUCGACGACGAACUCCCUCUCCCUCCCGCGCGUCCUGACCGACGACCUCCCGCUGCCGAAGCUCAUCGUCUUCGACCUCGACUACACCCUCUGGCCCUUCUGGGUCGACACCCACGUCUCGGGCCCCCUCAAGGCCAACGCCGCCCACUCCGCCGCGACCGACCGCCACGGCGAGUCCUUCGGCUUCUACCACGAGGUGCCCCGCAUCCUCUACACCCUGCCCCUCGCCGGCGUCAAGCUCGCCGUCGCCUCGCGCACCAGCGCGCCCGAGCUCGCGCGCGACAUGCUGAAGCUGCUGCACGUGCCGCCGCCGAGUUUAGAGGAGGGCGGGAGCGGGGGUGGAGGCGGAGGGGGAGGGAAGAAGGAGAAGACGAGGAGGGCGCUGGAGUUCUUCGACGGCGGGCUGGAGAUUUAUCCGAGUAGCAAGAUUCGGCACUUCGAGAGCAUCGGGCGGAAGACGGGGAUCCCGUUUACGGAGAUGUUGUUCUUUGACGACGAGAGUCGGAACCGCGAUACGGAGAGUUUGGGGGUCACAAUGCACCUGGUGAGAGACGGCACGUCGUGGGCGGAGAUUGAGAAGGGUGUUGCGGAGUGGCGCAAGAGGAGGGGAUACACGGGGUAG